UUCUUUUCUUUUUUUUUUAUAACGAGAUGCCUGGGCCCGCUCAACUUAACUAAUCCUGGGGACCAAUGCUACCAUCCACGAUCCAAGGUCCCAUUCAAAGUCAAAGCAAAAUUCUGUGUGGAUUGGCCCCAAAAGUGUUUAUAGCACCUAAGAAGUUUAAAGCCUGAGACCUUAAGAGAAAGCAAACACCUAAGCCUGGGCUAAACGGUUUUCUUUGAUAUGUUUCUUCAACACCCGUCAAACUAUCAAAGUAUCAAACCCACCCCCCAAGGCCCCAACUGAACAAUAAAAACCAAACUUCCACUAAACCAAGCCAAAUUUGUAUCAAUCUCUCUCUCUCUCUCUCUCUCUCUCUCUCUCUCUCUCAUCAACCUUAAAUAACCCUUCCACACCCAAAGGCAACCCUACAAAAACUAACCACAAGAGAGAGGUAAGAGACCCAUCAAUGGAGAAUACACAAAAGGCCCUAGAGAGAGAGAACCCAUCUCUGCAGACCUCCCCUAAAAGCAAUAACAUAUGUAUCACCACCAAUAACAAUGAUGUUGAAAGCCCUUCAACACCAAAACACAUACCCAAAUCAGAAACCAAUGGCUUUCCAACAACCUUUAUUCAUGCAGACACAAACUCCUUCAAACAAGUGGUCCAAAUGCUCACUGGUUCCCCAGAAACCGCCACCAAACAAGCCUCCAAACCAGGCGGUCCAGUCAAGACCCGACCCAAGAAACCAGGUUUCAAGCUCCAUGAGAGAAGGAACAGUACUCUCAAGAACCUCAAGAUCAUCACCGGGCUUUCGCCCACAGGUCACACCAAGAUAUUGUCACCCAGUUUUCUUGACCUACAAAAGCUUGAUAUUCGUGAUAGGUCUUCUUCACCUUCAUCAUGUAAUUUUCUCUCUCUAGAAGAAAAACUUGUUGCAGAGAGAGGGUUUUAUCUUCUUGGAUCGCCCGUAACAACGCCCCAAGGGUCGGAGCCUCAGCUUCUGCCAUUGUUUCCGUUGACUUCCCCAAGAGUUUCGGGUACUUCUUGAAAAGUUUGGUUUUUACCGAUAGAUUGUAAGAUUUUAGCUGGUAGAAGUGAAAAAGGUCAUCAGCGGGAGGGAGAGAUUCAGGAGUUGAUUCUAAUUUUAUAUACAGUCGUUCUCUACAUGAUAUGGCAAUGGUCUAAUUUUAAA